AUGUCUGCAAAGGAGGCAACAGUGCUGGCAAAGACCCAAUCAGAAGAUUCUCAAAAGAACCACGAAGUGUCACAGAAGAAGCUGCUCUCUCAUGAGGCUCAGUGCAUCUCAAGCUUACUGGAAAACUGCAUCGGUCAAGUGGAGAUCGCAGCUACUCUGCCUGCUCUCCACAGUGUGUCCGAUGUUGUGGACAAAGAAUUGAGAGGGGCAAUCAAAGAGCAUCAAAUAUUAAUUGGAAGACUGGAGACACUUGAAGGUCUCAAGCAGGAGUCAGAUAGGGAACAAGAGGGAGAAGCUGGGGAAGCAAGAGCUCAGCUUGAGAAGGACAUCAAGAACUCUGUCAGGGAUCUGCUCAGGGUUGCCCGAGUCCAUCCAGAGGCCAUUUGUGGUUUGAGGGCAGAGCUAGGUAUGAAAGUAGGGGAAAGUGAGUACAUGCUCAUUAAAGGACUUGAGAGGUUUCACAGCCAUGUGGUUGAAAAGUUGCUGACUGGUCUGGAUGAUGAGGAGCUACAGCAGGUUCUCCACAAGCAGGUGUCUUUAUCGCCUGACCACAAUGCCAUUGCUGUUUCACUGGAAGAAGAAGAAGAAGUAGCCGCAGCCAUUAAGCAACUAGAUGCAAAGAUUUCUUGCAAUAAUAAUAAGCUAAAAAAAUGCCAGCGUUCUCUGAAAGGGAUCGCAGAAGAACCGGGUAUGUCACUUCUUGCCGACAAGCAGUACCAGUCGCAUAUGAAGUCGGCAAAGAUGAAGCAAACCGGUAUACAACAGGAGAUUGAUCAACUGAACAGUCAGCUCAACGAUUUGACCCCUAAAAACAGGCAGGCAGAGAGAGAAAUCCAAGAGAAAAAUGAAAAGUUGGUGGAAGAAAUCGAAUACAUGCUCCAAAUCUUUGACGAUGACAUGGGAAAAAAACAGGCCGACCUGGAGAUGAAUGCAAUGGAUUAUGAAGGGGAGGAGGAGCUGCUGAGGAAGCUGGAGAAACCCUUUUCUGCCCUGGAGCUGGAGUGCAACGAGAUCCAGGAGAAGCGUCGGCUAGCAGAUGAGAAGAGAAGGGAGGAGAUGCGGGAGCUGGAGUUGAAGACAAAAGCUGCUAUUUUAGUCCAAGCCGUGUGGAGAGGCUACAUCACUCGCAAGUCCUUAAAGAACAAGGGCAUAAGCAAGAAGGCCAAAAAAGGCAAAAAGAAGACCAAACUAAUUAAGUAA